CCACGCUUCUAAAGUAAAGCGCGACGCUUUCUUGAGGUGCGGACUGGAGAAUACCAUGCCAUCGACGCGCUGAGCGCAUUUACGGCUUCAUACGGGCGUUCUGCACAGGAAAAUAAAGCGAUAUCUCCGAAUCCGUCCGCGAUAAGCACCGAGAGGCUCUACAAAACCCAACUGUGGAUGUAACUGUUGCACUCUGAACACAGACAUGAACCACUGAGACAGCAAAAGAAGAAAAAGCCUGGAAUACGCUUGAGGGAAGAGCUUUGUCUCAUUCCCCCUCCAAUUUAGAAGGUCUGGAAUCAUGAGGUCCUUGUUGCUGCUGGUAUUUUCCAUCUCUGUUUUGACUGGGACCAACAUGGCAUUUCCCAUGACUCCUACCGAACCCCCUGAAGUCUCCGGGAGCUUCAGUGUUAAAGACAUGAGCCUCACGCACCUCACUGUGCACCGCAAGACUGGCGAGGUGUUCGUCGGUGCAAUAAACCGAGUCUACAAGCUCUCCGCCAAUCUGACUGAACUGCGCUCACACCAGACGGGUCCCGUGGAGGACAACGCCAAGUGCUACCCGCCCCCCAGCGUACGACCAUGCACGCAAAAACUGGAAUCCACAGACAACGUCAACAAAUUGCUGCUGGUUGAUUACGCUGGCAACCGUCUGGUGGCUUGUGGAAGCAUCUGGCAGGGCGUGUGCCAGUUCCUGCGGCUAGAAGAUCUCUUCAAGCUUGGUGAACCGCAUCACCGUAAAGAACACUACCUCUCAGGAGCCAAAGAGCCAGAUGGAAUGGCUGGAGUUGUGGUGGGCUAUGACGACGGAGACUUGAAGAAGAAAAAGAAAGGUGACAGCCGCCUCUUCAUCGGCUCCGCCAUCGAUGGCAAAUCAGAGUAUUUCCCAACCUUGUCCAGCCGUAAACUGGUGGCCGAUGAGGAGAAAAUGGAAAUGUUCAGCUUGGUUUACCAAGAUGAGUUUGUGUCCUCUCAAAUCAAGAUACCUUCAGACACUCUGUCUCAAUAUCCCGCAUUUGACAUCUACUACGUUUACGGGUUCUCCAGCCGCACGUACAUCUAUUUUCUCACUUUGCAACUGGAUACCCAGCUCACCCAGGUGGAUGCGACGGGCGAGAAGUUCUUUACCUCAAAAAUCGUCCGCAUGUGCUCCAACGACACAGAGUUCUACUCCUACAUCGAGUUCCCACUUGGGUGCACCAAGGAUGGGGUGGAAUACCGACUUGUCCAAGCUGCCUACAAGCACCGUCCUGGGAAGAUUCUGGCCCAGGCUCUCGGCCUUUCUGAGGACGAGGAUGUCCUGUUUGUGAUCUUUUCCCAGGGUCAGAAGAACAGGGCUAACCCACCGAGAGAAACAGUGCUGUGCCUCUUCACGCUGCACCAGAUCAACCUGGCCAUGCGAGAGAGGAUCAAGUCGUGUUACCGCGGGGAAGGAAAGCUGUCUCUGCCAUGGUUGCUCAACAAGGAAUUGCCUUGUAUUAAUACGGAAUUGGAAGGCAGGAAAAGCUUCUCAAUAGAGUAUCCGAGUGACAGGGCACACAAAGGCUGA